AUGAGCCACGACGCGAGCGGCGAUGCGGCCGCACUCUGCCUGCCUAUGCUGCUGAAAACACCACCGGGCCAGCUGAAGAAUGUAUUGCAUGAUGUAAAGGGGAUUGUGAGUGCCUCGCCGGGCGCCGUGUCCGAGGACGCUCUGCUCGCCCAAGCUCAGCCGUUCCUGGAACAACAUAGCCAUGACCAGCUUGCUGUCGCGCCCAUCGAGCACAAUGGCAAGAAGGACGAUGCAAUUGUAUGCGAAGCUGGUAAGCUGAGCACACCUAAGGGUGCGCGAUACGUCCAUCCUCGCCUGCAAUGCACGUUCCAAUACGAUCAUGCGCAGGAGCUGGCCUCGGAUGUGCAGCCCUUCUCUGACGCGCACGAGCUCGAGGCGCUGCGUGCAGCGCUUGACGAAAAGCUGGGAAAGUAUGUGUACAACCACUUCCACACGGGCGUCUCGUCCGUCUUUCGCCCGACCGCCUUGGCGAUUGCUGAUCACCUUCCGGAGCCGGGUGUGGAGACGGUCGGCGUGGAGAAUGAGGACGUCGAGACCGAGACGAAGGACGAAAUGAUCGAGGAGGCCAGCAAGGCGAAGGACGAGGAAAACGCAAAAGAGACUCUUGCCGAAGCACAAGAGACUACCGAAGCACAAGAGCCUGCCGAUGCAGACAAUGCAAUGGACACGGAUGCGCCUUCUGAGCCGAAGGCGGAGCCUGCCGAAGCCGCGCCUGCCGAAGCCGCGCCUGCCGAAGCCGCGCCUGCCGAAGCCGCGCCUGCCGAAGCCGCGCCUGCCGAAGCCGCGCCUACGGAGGCCACGCCUGCAAAAGCUACGGCCACGAGUGCUGCCGAGGCGGCUCCUGCUGCCCCCACCGAAUCGGCUCCUGCGGCGCUCACGGUGCACAUUGUCGGCAACAAGUACAAUCUGCGCAACUUCUGGUCGGGGCGCUGGCGCUCGACUUAUACCAUCGACCCCAAGUCGUUUGCCAUUGUCCAGGCCGCGAUCUAUGUGGACUCGCACUACUUUGAGAACGGCAACGUGCAGCUCCAUGCCGAGAACCACGACGUGCCGACUGUCGACGCGCCAGGCACAGAGCCGUCGACGGUCGCCCAGGCGCUAGUCGCUGCGAUCGAGAAGCACGAGCAAGCGUACCAGUCGACGCUAUUCACCGCUACGGACAGCCUUCGCGAGCAGGCGUUCAAGGCUCUGCGCCGCACGCUUCCUAUCACGCGCCAAAAGAUUGACUGGGACAAGGCCGUGUCAUACAAGCUCGGCGCGGAGCUGGCCCAACAAUGA